CUCCUUCAGGUCUCUGUUCAUUCGCUCUGAGCUCUGACUGAACAGAGUACAAAUGGUGUGCAGCCAGAAACAAGAGGAGACACGUGCAAGCAGAGACGAGUGGCUGGAUUUAUCCAAUGCGAACUGAACACUAAACUUUUGGAUUUUCAGUAGGCAAAAAUCUGUGAGCUGGCCAGAUUGUCAUAUAUACCCAGAGGAGACUAACUACUGACCUGAGUGCAGCCGGACAGGUUGAGGUGGAUGAGAUUGUGGCAGCCCUUUCCUGUGUUCAGGCUCGGCAGCAGCUGCGUUCCAUCAACAACAACACUGUUGCCCUUUGACCCAUCACUUCUGUUUCCAAGUCUGUUUGUCAUAAGGUUGUAAUCCCAAACUCCUGCUUGGGCUCUAGCUCUUCUUACUGAAAAGACAUUCCCCGCAGGGCUCAGGAUGCGUGUAACCUCCUCUCUCCUCUUUGCCUCCCUGCUCCUCCUGCUGUUCCCAUCCACCGAGACGAAAAGAUCGGGAAAGGGAAGAGGCCUCAGAGGAGUCCGACACAAACUCACACGGGACAGGGUAAGAGGUGGGCGUCACAGUCGAUCGGGCCCCGACAGACUUGGAGCACCUAACUGUUUAGAGUUGACAGAAUCUGGAGAUGUUUUUGUGGACUGUCAAGACCAGCGCCUCAACUCCAUCCCCGCCUCGCACACUUGGUUAAAAAAACCCAAACACCUCCUUUUAGCCCGCAACCGGAUUAAAGUCCUCCAUGACGGGGUCUUCUCUGGUUAUGAGAGUUUAACCAGUCUGGACCUGCAGCAGAACAAGAUCUCCUUGGUGGAGGAGGGGGCCUUUGAAGGUCUGACACACCUUACAACCCUGCUGCUACAGCACAACCGCCUAGGUACACUUAAUGAGGAGGCUCUCAUCCCCAUGCCAAAUCUACGUUACCUGCGUCUAUAUGAUAAUCCCUGGAAUUGUCUCUGCUCAAUGGAUAGUCUGGUACGCACCAUUCAGGUCCCAAGCAAUCGUAAUCUGGGAGUUCAUGCCAGGUGUGCAGAACCAGUCAAGCUAAGAAGCAUGAAGUUGAAGCAAGUGAACCCUGAGUUACUGUGUAAGGAGAUGGACCAAAAUGACGAAUCGCAGAACGAAGACACAGAUCACAUUGUCCCUAUAGAGCCCAUUCCAAUUCGCACCAAGCCAGAUGCCACCACAUCCUGCCACAUCUACCUUUUCCCCCAAAUACGCAUGGACUGCAGUGGGCGAGGUCUAACCACGGUGCCUUCAGGCAUUCCAGACGAUGUUGUUCACAUAGAUCUGUCUCAUAAUUCAAUCCAUCACCUCAAAGCCAGAGACUUCCAGGCUGCGAGGAGCCUGAGAACGCUUAACCUCAGUAAUAACAACAUGGAGCACAUUGACACAGCUUCCCUGUUUGGGCUCCUGCACCUGAAUGAGCUGGAUCUGUCUAGCAACAACCUGCAUUUUGUCAUGUACGGGGUUCUUGAAGACCUUUACUUCCUGUCACAGCUGAAGCUGGGAGGAAACCCCUGGAUGUGUGACUACAGCAUCCACUACAUGGUGUACUGGCUGCGUCUGCACCCACGGGUGAGGCACUCUGGCCUGCUAUGUCACUCCCCUCUUGAAAAUGCUGGUGAGAGCGUACAGGAGUACGUUAAUUCCUACAAUAGAGAGUGCCCUAAGGACAGACAACACAACAGAUCAGAUCAAGACCAAACAGACCCUGAGCUUUGGAACACACCUCUGGAAGCUCAGGCAGAGCUGGAGGAGGAGCUGGAGCCGAGCCACUUGAGAGCGCCUCAGAGACACCACAUCAUCAGACUGGCCUGAUUCAAGUGAAUAUAUGAACUAAAAUUUGACUUCUUUCAAUUCCCUUCUUUUAUUUCCUUUCAGUUUUGUAAAACAGUCUGUAUCAGAUGGAAAAAAUACCUUUAACAGUGUUGUUUUUAUGUUUUGUUAAUAAAAAUGUAGGAAUGAUCA